AUGGCUAAUCAAACUGAUCUUCAUUUCAUCAUUCAGCAUGUUUUCCUGCCGCCCAAGUUGCCUCACGCCGAUGACUUCAGCCCGGAGAACGAGAGUGCCUUGCUUCGAGUGGUCAAAGAUUCGGCCACCGAGUUUAUCGAACAUGUUUCCAAUAGUCAAAAGGCCUCCGUAAGGAUUGCCAUUGGUCUGAUGGAUGCCAUGAUACGCAUUCAUAAACCUUUGGGGAAGACGCUUGCAAUUGAGCAGGACGGCCUAUUCGAAAGUUUGCAGAAUCUGGCAGAUGAAAUCAUUUCGCUCAACGUCCGGGCUCAGAAUGCAGGUGUACUCAUCACCAAGGCUCACGACGCAAUACACGUGGAGGCGUUCGAGCUGUCUCCAAUCAAUCAGGCAGUCAUGUCAACCUUGGGUCGUCUUCGGCGGACUUUCCCCGGGACCGGAAUCUCCAUACAUCUAGAGGAGUUCAGCCAGCCUGGCUGUCAAGAGACACUUGCUGACGCUUUGUCGACAAUGAGCUCACAGCCUGCCCCAGGAACCCAACCAUUAGCCAAGAAAGCUGGGCAGCUCCAUCAAGAGCACCGCGAUACCACAAGUCCGAAAAUGGUCACCGAGCUCUUCAUCUCGACUUUUCAAGCUAUAGGGAAACCUCUUGACGGCACAAGAAUCUGGAAGAAUACCCGGGAAGAAGUCAACUGGAGCGAUGCCCUUCUUCCUUGGCGUCGUUCCCCUACUUGGCUGCUGAUUAGAGUCAGUCUGCAGCUAGCAUUCGAUCGCAAUAUCGACGGUACAAGUUGCAGUCUUUACAAGACAUUUAUGGCCUUUUUCAUGGCCAAAGUGCUUCGUCACAGCAUCGACACGGACAUGGAACUCACAUCAGAUCUUAUACUCGUCAUGAUCUCGAAAAUAUCCAGACGCAUGGGCAAAAUCUCAAAUGGCCGGAUCCACUCUAUCGUUGAUCUCGUACAUCAGACAAUGUUGCGAGCUAACCAAGUUCUCGCCGAUCGUUGGAAUCGCAUUCAACAACGGACCUCGCCUGGUUUCGGCAGAGAACUGGCCGAACUCAAAACCUUGAACUUCGAUGAAGACUCACACCUGCAUCUGCCAGCUCUUGACAGUUUCCUAGCUUCUAUCGACAGUCGGAGAUGUCACUCGGAAGGUUUCGAGUUCAUUCCGUCGUGGACUUUGAUCAAGUAUGACCCGGAAAUCUUCCCUUCGGCCGUGCUACAACCAGACAGGGAACAUUUGCAUUUGCAUCUAGUUGUGUUUGAAACAUGGGUUGAAUGUCAUCUACAGGCUUGGCUGAUAGGCGAGUCCAGCCAAGGCUACAAUGGAUCAUGUACCAAGAUACGAAACGUCAUUGAGGGUUAUCACGCUACCGCCAGCGGCCUUUACGCUGGAAACCCCGAGUCACUUUCCGUCAUGCUGCUGACAAUUCUCGAACUAUGGGUUGCUUGCGACAAAGCUGCUGUACAUCUGUUCCCGAUGCUGAGAGACUACAACCCCGAAAUUCCCAACGGCGUUCUACAGAAUUUGCUUCUUCCGCUCAAAAGCCAGAUAAAGAGACUUCACAACGCAGAAAAGUAUCUACUCGAUCGAAACCGCAGUUGCAAGACUGCAGCAUCCGCUCCUAGCAUCUACAACACCUGCGGCUCUCCACACUGUUUCCCUGUUCGUCAUUUUCAGCAGUCUAGGGAACACCAGCGCCUGAAAGAGGAGAUCGAGGCAAGAGCGCAACGAGACAGGGAAAAGAAAGUGGAAGAACUAAACAGAAAGAAAAAGAAGUACACAGAUCUCAUGGUCAAAUAUCGUACCAGCAAUUGUGAGUAUUAUGAUGGGUACAACCGGAGAACGGGGAGGUACUACACAAGCCACAGCGGUAGCUGCGCCCGCUGUUCGUACCACGAUCAGGCCAACAGCUUGCAAAUCGAUAUUCAUGAAUGGCCGCUGCCAUCACGAGAGCUUGAUGCAGAAUCAGUCGUAUUCGAGCUUUUAGUACCAGAAUCAUUCAGAGAAUGGCGGGAGGCUGCCGUGUUCUUUCUGUUUGAGGUUCUGAAAGUUACGCCGCGAAUGGGUAGUCAGAUACGAGAGUCUUCUUACUCCUUGAAAGACUACAAUGGUCUCUGCCAGUUCUUUCGAGGACAAUCCACGCCACACUUCAUCAGCUUGCUUUCAGAGGCCAAGCCGCACAUGGCAACCCACCGGAAGACGGUGCAUGUAGCAACUGCCACCGAAGAUCAGGUCUGUCUGAGCAAUGGACUACAUUACGCCUACUACGAUCAUCGCAGGCAUUGCUUCAUGGAAUCAUUUGGAGGAUCUGAUAUCAUCCCCAAGGAAUGCACUUACCAAUUACCCGCGGCGUCGACGACGUUACAAAAGUUUCUUUUCCGGCCGUCAACAUGCCCAAGUGGCCCAACGCCCAACACCGUCAUCGCCACACUUCACGAGUGUCCUCAUGAUAUGUCACUCGAGGAGUACAAGGCCCUAGCUUCAAUUCCUUUGGGAUACAAUUUGCAAUGGAAAAACAUUCUGUUGCAACUGUUCGCUCCUUCGGUUGAUUUGAAGAAGCGGGAGACUGCCCUGGUCAUUCUUCAAUGCAUAUCUCAAGCAGGACCGGGUGGUGAUUUGGAGUACAGAAGAGCGCAUGCAAUUUGUCAAGACGAAAGAUUUGCGAAUACGCUACUUGACGGAUUGGCCGAAGCUAUCACUCGUUAUGAGGAGAAUUGGCAGUCCUCAUCUGCCUUUGCCACUUUCACAGCCAUCACUCGACGUAUUCUAAGCCUUGCUUCAUCAAGCCUGAGGGGGAAGGCUCAGGACUCUGACGACGACGAUGACAAACUGGAUUUCCAACGCCGGGCACUCGAAGUUGUGUUGAUUUGUGCAGACACCUUCAACGUGGACAACCAAUUUCAGCACGACAUCUUCUCCGAAAGUUCCGCCGUCUCGACUUUCUUCCAGUGCUGCAUCGCUAUCCAAGAAGUCCAAAUAUUACUUGGAUCUGUGGAUGCGUUUGUUCGCCAUCUUCAUAGUCGUUGGCAACGAGCCUCCUACAUUCACCACAGCUAUCUAGCGAAGCAAAUCUUGUCAGGCAGCAGUGCUGGACUUGAUGAUGCCAUCAGUGCCAAUUGGUCUAGCUACGAGCCUAGCUACCAGUGGAAGGCACUCUCUGAGACGCAUAGCUCGUGGUUGACCAGUGUUACUGCGUCUACAACCAGUCAUCUCGCUGUACAAUUUAACCUUGUGACUGGCGAGCUCCUCGUCAAUGGCCUUCCUCUCGACCAUUUGCCUCAGAACUAUCUCAGCCACCUGACAUAUCAGAAUCUUUUUGGGCGGCUUUCCCUUGAGAUUCUGCCCACGGCAAAACCUGGGAUGACGUUUUCCUCGAAACGAUACUACGCUGGCCAUGCUGUCAGCCUAGGCCUUGACAAUGAGGGAAAUCUCUUGGUGCAGGCAACGCAGGGUCAAUGGGAAUUCGAUCUUGUCCCAAAGAGUUGUUUUGAAGGGCUGUUCCCUACCAAAUUUGCCAGCGACUUUGCUCAUUGGUACAAUUACGAGGAUGGUUGCAUCGAGUUUUGCGGCCUCAAAAAGCCAUGGAAUCAUUCAACGUCCAAUUGGAAGCUUCUGAAAGACAGAUUCACCGGGACCUGGGUGCUUAGGCGUAAUGAAUUGUGUCUGGUCAACGUCAACAGUCACUCUGCAAGGCUUAUCUCGAAGAUUCUCGAGCCGUUAGAAGACCCCUUUUCGAUCCACAUCAAUCAUCACAAGGAGACUUCAAUGAUUUCUAUAGAGCUACCUCGCGCUAUGAUGGAGUUCAGCCUCAAGCAAGGGGAGGCCUCCAUAAUGUCGAGACAAUAUCGUGGCAUGUCGGUGGACCCAAAUCAGGCAGUCGGAACUCUGAUCGGUCUGAAAGACAAGUUGGUUCUCAAAGUCGACCAACUCCCACAUCCUGCUCUCCCUGUCGGGCGCAAGAUCAUAGUGCUCGAAGGAAAUCUUUCGUUCUUGAAAAAGGAUGGCCAUGUCGAAGUCACUGUUAGCAAGGGUUUUGCAUCAAGGGUUCAUGCCUACGACGUGGACGAUACACUGAAUAGGCUCGUGAGCAAUGGCAGUCGACAGAGCAAGCUGUAUCUCUGUUACCUACACUCCUUGACAUCUUUUGUCAUUCCGGAUCCUCUUACGCACAGAACGGGUACCGAAGAGGCUUUGUCGAUUCUCAGCUCUGCAUCAGUCAGCUCUUUUGAUGUGCUGACACCUGAGAACGCCAGACUUUUGACUGAGAUUUCUCGUCUGACUCCAUGCCGACGUUACUAUCCAGUCAACGAAAGUGUCAUGCAACAAGUUGACUGGAACUCGCAACUUGGCUCCUUAUCCCAACACGGUCUAUACCGGGAAUAUGUCGAGGCCAUCUUCACGCAAAACAACCAAUCAAAGUUCCUUUAUCCACUACAGGAUUUCGGGUCACCCGAGUUGAAACCCAUGAGUUCCCGACUUCUAGCACGGGACAAUAUCCGAACGGCAAUGUUUCGGGUAUCGGGGUUUGGCGCUGAGUGUUAUACUAUUGAUCAAGACGUUGUCUACGAACCACGGGACCGGUCCUGCUCCCCUCGAGGGUUUCGAGCAUAUUCGGCGUCCAAACUCGUCUUUUUCGAUCAGCCGAUCCUGUCAAUGCCAGUGUCAAGGUCCAUGGAAACCUAUCUAUGGAACUUCCUUUCCGAAGGAAUUACUAUACUGGGCCCACAUUCACCUUUUUCGGUGGACGACAUCACAUACAAUGCCGAAUUACUGUCGAAUUCCUAUCAAUUCAUCGCGGAAAACUGGAUUGCGCUACAGUCCAAGUUGAAGAGCAUCAACAAGUAUAAGCUGAUGAUCUGGCUGGCAACGAUAGCCUUUGCAGAGAAUGCAGACUUCGCGGUUAUCCAAACCUUGGCUUCAUUCAAGACAAGCAGCACUAUCCACGCACUCUAUGCACCUGUGUCAGAUGGCUUUGAUCUCUCGAAUGGCAAGAGCUUCAUGGAUUCAACAGUGAGGCAUGAGGUCAUGAAAAAUCUCAAGCCCUUCGAUUCCUGUCCCGAAAUGUGUAUGCAGCAAAUGGCCUACGAAGACGACCAUUCAUUCAUGAAAAGGCGAGAGAGCGAAUUCCUCAGCAACAGAAACAUUGUUCUGGAAACCUUUCUCAACAUGAUAGAGUCUCAGUGGUCUUGUCGCGUUCCGAACCUGCCCGCCGGCUACAAAAAGACGAACAGUUGGCAUCAAUAUAUAGACGUGGGUAGUGCGAUGGCAAGCAUCAGGGCCCUUUUCCAAACCUGGUACGACAACCUUCAAUUUGAGAAAUACCUUCGAGAGGUAGCUUGCUUCUUGCCGACUGCAGUCAGCCCACUAGAAUUGGCGGUGCCUCUGCUGGUAACAACAGACUGGCCCACAUAUGACCAGCCUCGGUUUCUGACCGAAAACUCUUUGUUCAUGAAUUCUCCGCCACCUUCACUGAGCGAGAAGGUUUGGACUUUGGAUCACGAUUCAUUUAGCAAGCAUUCCAAAAGAGGGUAUAGAUUACCCUCGCUGCUUUCCCGGCUUCGUGUUCGUCACCGCAAGCUCGGUCAGUACGAGAGACAUUACGUGGAGGCCCUGGCUUCAAGCAUGGAGGCUUUAGAACGUCGUCAGUUGUCGGAAGAUCAUUACCGCACAUCGCCAGAAGAGAUAGCGAAACUGGUGGUUUCUUACCUGUAUCGCUGGCAAGCGAUUGUUCAGGAGACGUACGAACUCAUCGUACGCCGCCUUCUGAGCUGCGAUGAAACAGGUUAUUCAAGAGUACCCACCUUAUUACCUGGCUUCUACCAGUAUCCGAGACUCUCAACAUCCACCCUUCUUCGCAGACUAAAUCAUCUACAUCGUGACUCAACACCAACUCUUUGGAAGCUGGCAUUGACGCAAUUUGCCAUCGCACUCACCCAGUUUCAACGAGCGAAGCGGAUGCUGGGUUGCUUAGAAGACCCAGCUGCAUUGGCGAAUGAGUUGCGCAAUCCUGGCCACACGAACUGGUCCCCUUUGAAGUACCCAGACACUCUGCUGCUAGAGAUUGAGAGCGGCUUGAUAGUCAGGGAGGUGCAGGAAGAAAUCGCGGAAAGCAUGAGAAGUCCGCCCGACGAUGAGAAUGCUGUCAUGCAAUUGAACAUGGGCGAAGGCAAGUCGUCGGUCAUUGUGCCGAUUGUGGCAGCCUUUCUUGCGGACGGAACACGACUUGUUCGGGUUAUUGUGGCAAGGCCUCAGUCAAAGCAGAUGCUUGAAAUGCUCGACUCGAAGCUUGGGGGCCUACUUCAAAGACGCAUUUUCCAUAUGCCCUUUUCUAGGGCCGUCAAAGUCGGGCCCUCAGAGGCGAUGGCUAUUCAACACAUUUUUGAAGAGUGCAUGGAUUCUGGAGGGAUCCUGUUAGUUCAACCAGAGCAUAUUCUCUCGUUCCAGCUUAUGGCGAUUGAGACAGCCAUUUCUGGGAGUGUGAGCGUUAGUCGAAUGCUCGUCAGUUCCAAGGACUUUCUCGACAGAGUUGCUCGCGACAUUGUGGACGAAAGCGAUGAAAACUUUAGCGUCAAGUUCGAGCUGGUGUACACCAUGGGUACUCAGCGGCCUGUGGAACAUAGCCCGGAGCGAUGGGUAUGCAUACAUCAGGUCCUUGAAGUCAUGAGGAGGUUGCUGCCUGACAUCCACAAGAGAUACCAUGGCUCCUUGGAGGUUGCUGGAAGAAAUCGUGGCUGCUUUCCUAGAACGCGAAUCUUGCGCGACGACGCGAAGGCUACCUUGCUCAAUCAUAUGGCUCGUCAUCUCAGCGAAUCUGGAUUGACUGGACUUCCGAUGGGAACCCAGUCUGCCUCCAUUCAACAGGCGGUUUACACCUACAUCUCCAAGACGAGCCUCAUAGAGUCUGAAGUCGAUGCGGUCGAAAUGUCAGAUAUCUGGUUGCCAGCUACGCAAAACAGCAUCCUACUACUACGAGGGCUCAUUGCCGGCCAGAUUCUCAGUUUCGUCUUCUGUCAAAAGCGAUGGAGGGUCGAUUUCGGCCUCGAUCAUAAUAGGCGGCCACCUACACAACUUGCAGUGCCAUAUCGAGCAAAAGACAAUCCCAGCGCCCGCUCCGAAUUCAGUCAUCCGGAUGUCGUUAUUAUUCUAACAUCGCUGAGUUAUUACUAUGGCGGCUUGACUGACUCCGAUCUUUUCUUGAGUUUCGAGCAUCUCGUUCGUUCGGACAUGGCCGACAUGGAAUACCGCUUCUGGGUAGAGGACAGCCAUCAACUACCUCUCGCAUUCCAUCAACUCCCUGGCAUCAAUUUAGAAGAUCGUCCACAGUGCAUCGAACAGGUAUUCCCAUGUCUAAGACAUUCCAAGGGUGUUAUCGACUAUUUUCUUCAUCAUCUGGUAUUUCCCAAGGAAAUGAAGGAAUUCCCGCACAAGCUCUCUGCCUCAGGGUGGGAUAUAGGAGAGAGGACAGCAAAUGCGACGACUGGAUUCAGCGGGACAAACGACUCGAGAGCCUUUUUGCCGUUGAGCGUCAAGCAGCUGGACUUACUGGAUCAGAAGCACACCAACGCUUUGGUACUCGAGUAUCUACUUCAGGAUGAGAACUCCGUGGCAAUGAUUCCGGCAGCAGACAAGAACAGAUUGAAGUCAGACGCCGAGACUCUCUUGGACAUGGUUGUUGGGCUGAAACCCCCCGCUCGAGUGAUUCUCGACGUCGGCGCUCAAAUCUUAGAACUAGAUAAUCUCGGGGUUGCGAAAAAGUGGCUCGAGAUGACGGAAGACAACGAGAUGACACAGGCUGUUAUCUUUUGCGAUGAGCACGAUACUAUUUGUGCUGUGGAUCGCAGGGGCCGUGUCGAAAGCUUCCAGACUUCCCCGUUCGCCACUCAGACGGACGUCUGUCUUGUCUUCCUUGACGAGGCUCACACUCGAGGGACCGAUUUGAAACUUCCGGCAGAAUAUCGUGCAGCAGUAACUUUGGGGGCAAACUUGACCAAAGACAGAUUGGUUCAAGCCUGCAUGCGAAUGAGAAAGCUUGGGAAAGGCCAGUCGGUUGUUUUCUGUAUGUCCGACGAAAUCAAGCAUAAGAUUGCUGCCCAGUCAGAAAUUAGCGAGGCCUCAAUUGAGGUGACUCAUGUCCUGGAGUGGUCCAUCUAUGAGACGCUCAUGGAUAUGGAGCGAGGCAUUUGGCUGUGGGCAAACCAAGGUCGUCGGUACCAGCAACAUCGAGUCCUGUGGGACAACUGCAUGAUAGAGGGAUCCACGAACCUGACUGAAGAUCACGCAGAUCAGUUCCUUGAAGAAGAGGCACAGACUCUCGAGACUCGAUAUCGACCAGGUUACCAAUUACCAGCCGGUUUGAUGGGCGAUGAAGGUACUGGCGAUGCCAUCACCGAUAGGCUGCUGCAGUUUGGCCGUCACAAUGCAGAUUCUGCGACAUUUCGAGAAGAACAAGAGCGGGAGCUAUCGCCAGAAGUCGAGCAGGAGAGAGAAGUGCAAAAAGCCCCUCCUGCUUCGCCUGCGAAACAUCACCUACAUUCAGACCUCCGCGCAUUCAUUACUGGCGGAACGCUCAAUUUGCACUCGGGGGCAUUCAUCUCUGCCUUUCAGUCUCUGUCAGAAACCAGCGCCGCUCAACGCUACGAUGUGAAUAAGUUUCCUCAGGGACUCUUGGUAACAACGGACUUUGCUCGAACAAUCAUUCCCAUGGGAAAAAGUUCAGGUUAUGUCUCGGAUCUUUUCCAGAGACCUGUGCAGUGGGUUCUCACGAGGGCUCGUGGGACUGACACUGUGAUCAUCAUCAGCCCGUUUGAGGCUCAAGAACUCCUAGCAGAGAUACAGAACUCCAGCUUUGUUUCGCUGCAUCUUUAUGCCCCACGACCUAACCUCGGGUUCCGUCCUUUGGAUGAUCUGAAUCUCUUCACCAUCCCGCACCAAAGACUUCCUCAGAACUUCCCUAUUCGACUUGUCACUGAGCUGAACCUAUUUUCGGGUCAACUUUAUGUCAAGUCAAUGGAUCAGUACCGGGACCUACGGCGCUUCCUCACGUUGGAAUCGGAUGACUCAAGGGUCGAUCAUGAGAUUGAACUACCACAAGUAAUCGAUCAGGGGUACCUCGUGCAAUUCAUCAAAGUCGUUUUGAUGAAGAUACGGAGAAACUGUGAGUCAAUUGACAAGACUCAUGUGGGCCGAGUAUUGGAGCAGAGGACUUUGGAUGCUUCGGAUUUCGAGGACGGCACCUAG